AUGUCCCACUGUGUUUGCUCCCUGGUCCUGGUCGUGCUGAGCCUGUGGCCCAGCAGUGUGUUGGCCCUGGGCCCACCGCCUGGACCCCCGAGAAUACCCCCAGACCCUCGAGCAGAGGUGGACAACAUCGUCCUCAUGACCCGAGCCCUGCUGGUGGACGCUCGACAGCUGGUGGCGCAGUUGAGGGACAAAUUCCCAGCCGCCGGGGACCACAGCCUGGACACCCUGCCCACCUUGGCCAUGCGUGCCAGCACGCUGGGAGCCCUGCAGCUCCCAGGAGUGCUGAUGCGGCUGCGGACGGACCUACUGUCCUACCUGCAGCACGUGCAGUGGCUGCGUCGGGCAGGGGCAGGGGUCCCUUCCCUACGGGCACUGGAGCCUGAGCUGGGCAACCUGCAGGUUCGGCUGGACCGCCUGCUGCACCGGCUGCAGCUCCUGAUGGCCCGCCUGGCCUUGCCCCAGCCGUUCCCAGACCCCCCGAUGCCCCCACUGGCCCCUCCUGCCUCAGCCUGGGGGGUUGUCAGGGCGGCCCACGCCGUCCUGGGGGGCCUGCACCUCACGCUGGACUGGGGUGUGCGGGGCCUACUGGUGCUGAGGAACCGGCUGUGA